GUCUGUGGGCCAGUCUCUUGUCUGUCUGUGCUACAGGAAGGAGGAACAGCAGUAGCCAUCAAGGUGCUACUGCUCAGGAGAAGAUGAAGCUCCUGUUCCUGUUAAUAGAGAUGUGGAUGAUUCUUGAGGUCACAAUAAAAAACACAGAAGCAGAAAAAUAUCAUAAAAAGCACAAAGAAAGAAACAUUUCUAAAGAGUUUCCAUUAAAAGAGAAGAGAGUUGUAUCACGUGCAUCGGAAAGAAGAAAACUAGUCAAACUAAUCAACCACAAAGAAAAUGGCUUCAUAAGUAGAAAUAACCAAAGUAAACGAAAGAAAAAAGGAACUCAAGACACAUAUUUCUCAAAGACAAAUAUUAGCAUUUUAAAAAGACAAGCAAGGAAAAAUCGAAUCCAGGAAGGAGCUCGCCUUUUUGCAUUGGGCACCAGAGUGUUAAACCACUCGAAAAAUCAGAAACAAAAAGAAGAAGCCUACCUACUGUUUGCCAAAGCAGCUGAUAAGGGAAACAUGAAAGCUAUGGAGAAUAUGGCUGAUGCAUUGCUUUUUGGCGAUAUUCAUCCUCAGAACAUUUCAGCAGCUAUCGCCCUGUAUGAAUCUUUGGCAAAAGAAGGAUCUCAUAAAGCCCAAAAUGCAUUAGGAUUUCUAUCUUCAUAUGGAAUAGGAAUGGAACAUAACCAGGCUAAGGCACUGGUGUAUUAUACUUUUGGAAGUGCUGGAGGAAGUUUGAUGUCUCAAAUGAUUUUGGGGUACCGAUAUUUGUCAGGAAUCAAUGUUUUACAGAAUUGUGAAGCUGCACUUUUCCAUUACAAGAAUGUAGCAAAUUAUAUUGCUAGUAAAUUGGAAAAAAAUGAAGGUGUCCCUGUGGAAAAAGUGAGACUAGCUGAGAGACCUGAAAAUCUGAGUUCCAACAGUGAGAUUUUGGAUUGGGAUGUAUACCAAUACUAUAAAUUUUUGGCAGAAAGAGGAGAUAUUCAAAUACAGGUAUCUCUCGGACAAUUACAUCUAAUUGGACGGAAAGGACUCGAACAGGAUUUCUAUAAAGCAUUAUACUACUUCUUGAAGGCAGCCAAGGCAGGAAGUACAAAUGCCAUGGCAUUUCUGGGAAAGAUGUACUUAGAAGGCAAUCCUGCAGUACCACAGAAUAAUGUCACUGCUUUUAAAUACUUUUCCAUGGCUGCUAAUAAGGGCAAUGCAAUUGGACUUCAUGGACUUGGCCUUAUUUAUUUUCACGGAAAAGGAGUUCCUGUGGAUUACGAUGAAGCUCUUAAAUUGUUUCAGAAAGCUGCAGAGAAAGGUUGGCCAAAUGCACAGUAUCAGUUAGGAUUCAUGUAUUACUCUGGCUCUGGAGUGUGGAAGGAUUAUAAACUUGCCUUCAAAUAUUUUUACUUGGCAUCUCAGAGUGGACAACCCCUUGCCAUUUAUUAUUUGGCUGAAAUGUAUGCUUCAGGAACUGGAGUGCUGAGAUCAUGCAGAACCGCAGUUGAGCUUUACAAGGGUGUUUGUGAACUGGGCCGCUGGGCUGAGAAAUUCCUGACAGCGUAUUUUGCCUAUAAGGACGGUGAUAUAAAUUCAUCCCUUAUUCAAUAUGCAUUGCUAGCAGAAAUGGGGUAUGAAGUAGCUCAAAGCAAUUCAGCAUUCAUUUUGGAAUCUCAAAAGGCUACCAUUCUUGAGAAAGACCAAAUGUACCCCAUGGCACUCCUUCUGUGGCACCGAGCUGCAGUUCAAGGCAAUGCAUUGGCUAGAAUUAAAAUUGGAGAUUACCACUACUAUGGCCAUGGAACAAAGAGAGAUUAUCAAACAGCGGUGACUCAUUACAGCAUUGCGGUAGAUAAAUAUCACAGUGCCCAGGCUAUGUUCAAUCUGGCAUACAUGUAUGAGCAUGGCUUAGGGAUUUCAAAGGACAUUCAUUUGGCCAGAAGGUUAUAUGAUUUGGCUGCUGAUACAAACCCAGAUGCCCACAUACCAGUGUUCUUGGCACUCUUGAAACUAGAAAUGAUGCAUUUGAUCAAAGAUGUCAUGUUAUACAAUCUGAGUGAGAAAUGGGAACAGCUGAAUGCUACCUUCGGACCCAACUGGGAUUUAUUUACAAUUGGUGUCAUUAUUAUUUUGCUGAUAUUAAUGGUUAGAAACUGGCAAGAGUAAGGUAGCAAUCAAAUGACAACCUGUUAGUAUAGUCCAUUCAUUUCUGGACUUAAUUGCUUAGAACUCAACCAGUGAAAAACACCAAUCAUGUAUGAGCCUGCUAAUGGAUUCCAUUCAUUCCUAGGAAUCUUCUCCUACUAAUAAUAAUAAAAAAUCCCCCACUUCAA